AACAAAAAUGAACAUUUUCCUGAUCUUAUAACGUUCCAGUAACCACAAGUACUGGAAACAAUAAAAUGCCAUUCUUAUACAAGUUUUCAGUAGUAGCUGCACAUUUCGUUUGGGGCAAUGGAAAAUGCAGUUAUAAUCACAGACUAUUUUUUAACUGCCAAGGACAGCAUGGCACAGGCUCUGUGGCUGGUUACGUGAUGAACUAAGAAGAGUUGAAAGAAGUUUUAUAAAUGAUGCGUUGUUUGUGUUGGUGUUGUGUGAAAGUUUUGACUGAAGGGCUGUGUAAUUUUUAGCUGCUGUACUGUAAUGACAAACAAAAAAUGAAGCUUCAAGAAGCACCAAAUGCAAUUUGUAAAGUCGUAAAAUUUCCAGGAUCUGUUACAAGUUACUUGAGAUCAGAAGGUGUCACAAAUGAACGUUAUGGCUUGAAAGGAGGACUUCUGAAAGAUACUCGAUAUGCCUGGUUGAGUUGGGGUCCAAACUUUGAAGUUGUACGGACUACUAAUGGUGCUAAAGUAGCUGCAUGGACUUUUGGAGCUGCUCUACAUGAUUCAAAAACUAGAGUAACUUGUGUCACAGAAUUACCCUGCACUGAUGGCUCAGGACGUGUUUCACAAUUUGUGGUGGGAUUGGAAUGUGAGUUAGUUGGAGGAAUGAUUUGUGUUUUUGACAUACGAGGAUCUAAGGUUCUGCGUGCAGUGCAGAUGCCUUCAAAGGUGACAUCUGUGAGUGUAGUGGAUUGUGGAUCAGAAGGAUGCUAUCCUCUGCCGCAGCUUCUUAGCUCUAUGACAGGUGUGCUUGCAGUUGGCCUUGCUGGUGGACAAAUAAUGCUCGUGGAUCUGUGUCGGAUGAAUUGUGAUGAUGGGCUGAACAUGGGAGCAUGUGGUGAAUUGAGAGAUGAAUUGCAUGCUUGUCAACUUUUGCCUAUCAGUAUAAAUGAAACUGACCAGGAGACACUGGAAUAUAAACGAGCCCAUGCUGCCAGAACAGGAGACCAUCAGUGUGUGGUGUUGAAUGAAUCAUUUCUAGCUGACAAGAUGUUUCUGCUACCAUUACCAGAUGGCAACAUGUUCAAUGUGCCGAGGCGACGUGUAGAUGUAACAGCAGUGACAUACAUCCCCCGCAUUGCCAGCAUAGUGGCUGGUUUUAGUUUUGGGAGUUUCCAGAUAUGGAACCUAAUGCAACUGACCUUGGAGUUCAUGAGCCCAACCAUGCAGGAUCCCCUGCCAUUGAUUUCAUUUGGAUUCCAGGAGCCAUGUGAUGACCCACGUAACUUCUGCUACCUAUGGGCAGUUCACAGUAGUGCCAACCAAAGGAAUAGGUUGCCAUUUGCUGUAAUGUAUGCCUUGUGUUACCAGUCCAAGGAAUGGGUUGAUGGUUAUGGUUAUCUUUACCAGGACUUUGUAUCAGGUGUGCAUCGAUUUGACUUUGAUGUGGAUGGAGAUGAAGGUGGUAUCACUGUGGUGGGAGGCCGCAGUGUGGCUUGCCACACCAUAAACAAGUUACCUUCUGCUGUUACCAGAAGAGACAAUCCUCGUGUUGAGUUGGAUGAGAGUGUACAGGAGUGUGACUUGACAUUAUGCCUGUUUGUAUGGGAGACAUGGGGAGCCAACUGUCCCAGCAAAACUUGUAUGGCUCUAUUUGAUCUUAAUCAGUGGUACAAGGAGCAGAUGCCAGGCAAAAUAGUGAAAGGACAAGCUUCCACAUACAUAGCUGUUUUCUCCUUGGAUGAAGUUGUGGAGACUUCUGCCAAUUCUGCCAACUCCAUUAAUCCACUUCUUGAUGUGAAGGUGGAUCCUGCCAGUCUUUCACAAUUCACUGCAGUGCAAAGCCUUGAGGAGCAUUUUUAUCCUUCGGCUCUUGCAUUUGAAUCUUUGAGUCUCCUGGGAGAGGAACUGGUGGUGAUGAGUCACCCAGGUGUGCAGCGAGAUAUUCUGUUACAGCUAGAACUGAGUGGACCUUCUGCACUUAUGUACCCCACUAAAUUGUUUCACCAUUGCAUUGCUAUAGGCCUCAAACCAGUUUAUAUGGAAGUGAGCUCAACAUUCAACUGUCCCUUGACAGAGCAAAGGGAGUUCCUGUUAUCAGUUGCACUGGAGUAUCAGCUACUGGGCUUUCUGUCUCGUUGUGCAGCUGAAUGGGUGGAUGGAAGUCAGAGUGCAAUGGGCUGUACAUUGCCUGCCCUGCUGAAAUGGGGGUGGCAGCGGGCUACCAGUCUGAAGGCCCACGCAGACAACCUAUGCAUCCCACUGUAUGAUUACUCAGGUGUGAAACUGGACAGCAAUUUAUACCAGUUGCUAGAUUACUGUGGCAACCAACUACACCAUCUCACCACCUUGUUUCAGGGUUUACUCAAGAUGUGCAAGAAUCCCACUGUACAAGGUGUAGGAGAUGUGACGCAGCAGGCGCAGGUCUUGGAACUUGUUGCUGUGUAUAUUGAAGUGGUGGAAUGGUUUGUCAAUGUGGGCCUUCUGCCAGAGUUUCCUUGUGGUGACCUUGCCCUUGUUGAUGGCUUUGAGACUGCAGGAGAGCUUGGGCCACAUAGAGUUCCCUACCCUGCUGCUGCUCUUGCAAAAAUCUACCAGAAAAGGAGGGCAGAGCUGCAGAAACUUAGCAGGUCGGCAACUGACAAGAUGGACAUCCUCUUUAUUGAUGGACUAGUAAAGAGGGAAUGUGAUGGUGAUCGCCUCUCCUCCCUGUGGGAGCGGGAUGGAGGCACUGGACUCUAUCCUCCCCCUUCAGUCCAGUCUCUUCUUCGAACUUAUCUGCUGGAUGGUAUUCCUUUGCAUGUAAAGCACUGCAUUGUUAUCUAUGUCUUCCUUGAUUUGGCUGGACUACUGGAGUCCCGCAGAUACACUGCUACCAUCAACCAGUUUAUCAAGUUUCCUUCUGCUUUUCGUCUUACUCCAAGCUUCAUCAAGAUAACACAGGCUCUGUGGCUCUUGGACCAUCAGGAUUUCACAGAAGCAAUAGACAUGUUGUUGGAUCCACUCGUCUCAAUGGAUGAUCUGAAACCAUGGCAGCACCAGUGCAUCAUCCAAGCAUUCCUCUAUCAGGGCCAACACCAAAUGGCCCUUAAGUACAUUCGUGUGCAACAACCACCAUUGAAGGAUAUAGAGGACAUACGGCUCAAUCUAACAGUAUUGCUUGUGAAUGGCCUAAUUCAUGAGGCAUUCCAGUAUCAGCGGCAGCACUGUAACGAGCAGAACUCAAGAGAUCUGCUGCAACACUUUUUCAGUGCCUGCCAGCAGAUGAAUCAGCUGAGUGUGGUCCUGCAACUUGCCCUAUCCCCAGUUGAGGAGGAAGCAUUCACUCAGUUUCUCCAGAAUUGCCACAGUUCUCAAGCAGAUGACAUGCACGUCAUGUAUUACCUUGAGCGUUCUAGGAUUGCAGAGGCAAUGGAAGUGAAUAACAGCAUUCGCAGUUCAAAGAGCCACAUGGACUCAAAUAGCUUGAAGCAAGGUCACACAGAAGACAAAUCCAGUUGUGUCCGAGACACCAUUGUUCAGGCUUAUGCUAACACACUACCGUCUGUCACCAGGAAACUGGCUCUGUACUGUGCACAGGAGAAGUCCUGCCUUACCAACUGGAAGCAAGUGUCACGACCAACUCCAAUGUCUGUGGAUGUGCACCGUGGUGAAUUACAGCCAGUUUGUUAUCGAUCGUCAUUAAUCCAGGCGACAUUGGAGAAGGCUCGUGAGACGUGGAGUCAUGUGAUUCAGCCUCCUGCACCACCGUGCACGCCAGCUAAACGGGAUCGGUCCAGCAUGGAGAAACCUUCAGUAGAGAUGACACCAUUUCUAUGCACACCUCGAGCUGUCUCAGAGACAUUCAGUUUCACCAGGGAUGUGCCAGCAGUUGUGUUCCCAACACUUACACACCCAAGCCCCAAGUCUGAUGAUGAAACCAUGGAUGGUUCCCCUGUAAAACGGCUCCGUUAUUCAGACCACUAUCCAUCACCUCUAGGAAGUGCAAUUGCAUCAUCACGCAAAAGACUGGAUCGGUAUUCCAACGUGGAUGCAUUAUCCUUGCUUCAGACACCUCAUGUCCGACGAAGAACACUGUUAUCAGUAUCUCGGUUGCAGGAGCAGCAAGACCUUCCUGCUUCUCCAACCGCUGUAUUCACACCACAGUCCAUUCUCAAGGUGCGGAAGAUGGUGCGCUGCUCUGUUAGUCCUGAUAAUCUAUCUCAGGUAUCAGUGCCAUCAUUCACAGGAACCUCAACCACACCUGAACUAAUGGAGGAGGAGGAAGAAGAAGAAGAAGUAGCAGAGGAGAAGAUGCAAGAUGAGGAGGUUCUGGGAAGGCAGAUCCGUUUUAGUCUCCCAUCAGAUGAAAAACAUGAGAAAACACCUGAAGACAUUCUGUUACUCCCAGCCAUAAGGUCUGCCAGCAAAAAGAGCAUACUGGGUGUUACACCUCGGAAGGCACUGUCACGUACUCGUCGCCAUGGAUCAGUAAGGUUUGACAGUUCUGUUCCUGACAAGAAAGGAGGCAGCAGUGAGACAUUACAAAUGACUGGCAAUAAGAUUGGCAUUUCAGAUAUGCAUCUCACAUCUGUUGUCUCUACAUUGCAUACUCAUGUAAUGAAGGACCAUAAGUCAGAGGCACUUCACCCUGCAGAUUCUUCACUUGGAACAUACCAGUCCAGUGAAGAAAUCAGAGAAACCUCUCAAAUUAAGGACCAAGAUACGCAAGAUACUCUGAAGUCAGAAGUAAUCUUGUUGGACAACGAAUCUACAAACAUGGAGAAUGACAGUGAUGUGUUUCAUAGUCUGGAGAACAGUGCCCACAGUUAUAAUAAUUCAGUAGUAGACUUUGAAGUUGUUUGCAAUGAGUCUCCUCUUAAGAAGCAGCAAAUUGGUAGACCUGACAAGGAAAGUGAGGAAGUUACUUCAACGCAUGUUGACUCUUCAGAAGUAAAGGAACAGGUUAUCUCACAGCCCACAACCUGGAAAACAGAAUGUAGUCUUCAGAACUGUAUUAAUGUUCAGGAGGCAAGAGCAGCAGAUGCUGUUGAAGCCAGACAUAUAGUUGAAGAAGAGGAGAACAACUUGGAUGCUGUAGUACAGAAAAUACAUGAGAAAAAUGGAAAGUCUGUUGGUACUGCUGAAGUAGAUGUGGGAGUAACAGAAGAGUCAGUUACUGUAUCUGUAGCAGAAAGUGAGUGCAAGAACGAAUCUCAGUCCAAUACAGAGGAGGUCCUGGAAGAAGAGAAAAAAGAUGUUGCAAUCCUGCUGGAUACCACCACCUAUGCUGGGUCUUCAUUUGAAAUAUCCAAAGAUAUGGAGCAAGAGGAAGAGGAAGAGGCUGUAACAGAUGGUGUGACUUUCAGUUUAUCAGAUGGUGAUGGCGUAUUCGGUGUAAAUACAGGGUCAGAUAUUGGACCAUGUAACAUCCUAGAAUCAGAGGCCAAGAAAAUGCCGACUUUGGUAAUUGAGUCUGUCAUUGGGAGCGUGGAGGGUUUUGCAAGCUCUGAAGAACUGAAGGAGUACCAAACCCUUCAGCCAGUGAUAGUUGAAUCUGAAAAUGUGCUUGAAGCGAUAGAAGAAUCUGUUAAUGAGAUUGAUGAUGCAGUGUAUGUAUCUGAUGAGGUUCCUGAUCUUGCCACACAGGACAAAGAACAUGAGGCCACCACAGACAGUUUCAAGGAGGAGAGUGAACCAGGUCUUACUAACUUUACAGAGGAAGAUGAUUUUAUGAGACCCAAGCUACUUGCUGCUGAAAUUGAUGAUGAGGUGGAUUUUGAGGAAGAAGAGGUCAUUGAGUGUGAGGAGGAAAAUGAAGAAGAAGAGACAGAGAAUGAAGAUUUGGAAGCUGAAGAGGAUGACCUGGCUGAAGAAAAGGAGUUUGAACCAGAGGUUCUUCAUCAUCCACCAAGUGAUGAUGAAGAAAGUAUUGUCAUCCUGGACUCUGACACAGAAGAUGAAAGGAUUGAACCAAGCAAGGCAAGUGCUGUAGGAGGCAAGCACAAAGCUGGGGACUUUACCAUUACAAACAGUAGUGAUGAAGAAGGUUUUAUGGAAGAAGAGGAGGAGGAAGAUGAUUAUGAAACCAGCUCCAAGUUUGACUCUGAUGAAGAGGAAAGUGAAGAUAGUGAAGAAACCAGCUCUGAAUUUGAUUCAGAUGAAGGGAAGGAAGAGGAUAAUGAAGAAACCAUGUCAAAGUUUGACUCUGGUUCUGAAAUGGAGCAUGUGUUGGAUGCAGAUGCUGUAACUACUGUUGAACCAAAAGUAAAUGUUGAAGUUUCUACCUCUGAUGAUGAUGAUGUUAUUGAGAAAGGUGGUUGUUAUAAAAAUCCUACUGAAGUUCUGGCAAUUUCUAUUGAUGAUGUGUUGAAGGGUAACGAACCACUUGUUAAAGACACAGUAGAAAAGGAACCAAUGGACUUUGAAACUUGCAUCACUGCUAAUGAAAUCAGUAAGUAUGGUCAAAGGCAAGUUUCUGAGGUGAUGGACAUCGAUUUUCCAUGUAAAGAGGAUAGUGAUGGUAGCAAAAUUCUAUUAAUCGGUGAUCAUAUGAUGGAUUUUGAAGUAGAAUUAACUGCCACUCAAAUAUCAAAACCAAAGCAAACAGAGGAUAAAAUUGAUUGUAAUACACAAAUAUCUGUGGUCAAUCAAGUAAAGUUAAGUGAAAUGAAGGAAGAGAAUAUCACAGUUUCUGAAACUUCAGAAAUGCCUGUUCGAAAUGGAAGGGGGGGUGGGGAGGAAUGUGAUUUGGAAUUAGUAGAGAAGAAAGAGAAAAUUGAUAUGGAGAAGUUGACACAGAGGAGUGGGGAUGUCAUCACACAUCUGUUACACACGAAGGACAUCCCCAAGUCUUUGCAAGAGGAUGGUGUUAAUGUAAUGGAUAUUCCUAUAAAAGAGAAUGAUGCAUUGCCUAAAAUGACAGUUGUUUCUAUUGCUAGUAAUGUGACUGUUCAACAAGUGAGUGAAGAAUUGAAUAUGAUAAGAUGUGAAAUAAAAGCAAGGAAAAGUUCUGAAAGUAGCUCUCCUUCUGUUGAGAAGCUUCAGCCAAGCAUUGACCAGGAAGAGAGAAGUCACGGUGUGAAACCUCAGAAGACAAGCAGCAGGGCCAUCGAGGAGGUUGAUUAUAUUAAAGUAAAUGCAGAAACCCAGAUGGAUUCCCUUGAUAUAAGAGUCUCUGAGCAAACGGACAGAGAAGAUUCAAUGCAGAGAGAUAUUGAGGUGAUUGAUGAUGAAUCUUAUGGUAUGAAAGCUCAUGAAUCUAACAGUAUAGCAGAUGCAGGUCAGCAGGAGGACAUCCUGUCUGACGAGACAAAAUCUCAUGGAAGAAAAGUCUCCAAACCUAUCAGCAGAGCAUGUUCUGUUCAGCGUAAGGAUGCUCCUUCAAAUGAAAUUGAAACUUGUGAAAGAAAAGUCCACAAAACUAGCAGCAAGGUUAGUUCUGUUCAACGUGAAGAUGCUCCUGUAGAUGAAAUUGAAAACUGUGAAACAAAAGUCCGAAAACCUAGCAGCAGAGCAAGUUCUGUUCAGCGUGAGGCUGUUCCUUCAGUUGGAACAGAGUCUGGUGAAAGAAAGGUCUGCAAACCAAGUAGCAGAGCAAGUUCAGUUCAGCGUGAGGAUGUUUCUUCAGAUGGAACAGAGUCUGGUGAAAGAAGAGUCCGCAGAGCAAGUUCUGUUCAGCGUGAGGAUGUUCCUUCAGAUGGAACGGAGUCUGGUGAAAGAAGAGUCCGCAGAGCAAGUUCUGUUCAGCGUGAGGAUGUUCCUUCAGAUGGAACGGAGUCUGGUGAAAGAAGAGUCCGCAGACCAAGCAGCAGAUCAGUUUCUGGUCAGUGUGAGUUUGUUCCAAUUGGUGGGACAGAUGAUAAUGAGACAAAAGUCUGUAAAUCUAGCAGCAGUGGAUGUUCUGAUCAUCAACAUGUUGUUCCUUCUAGUGAAACAGAAUCUUUUGAAAGAAGGCUUUCCAUACCUAAGCGUAGAGAAGGAUCUGUACAGAGGGAUCAUCUUGAGGCAAUUCAGGAGGAAGGGUCAUAUAACCAUGAAGCUGACAAGAUAGGUAGUGGCAUAAAUUCUGUUCAGAAUGCAUAUAUUCCUUCAGAAGAGGCAGAUUGUAUUAAAUGCAAAAUUGAUGACUGCAAGAAAUCAGGUUCUAUUAAAUGCAAUGAUGUCAUUGAGGCAGAUUUUCUUGACAAGCCCAGUAGUAGAGCCAGCAGUGCUGACUAUAGAGAUGUUACUUCAGCAAACGAUUUUGAAUUUAAUGAAAACAGACAGCCCAGAGCUUCAUCAGUAAACAGUGAUGCCAGCACUGUGAUUUGGGAGGAAAGCCCACAUUUGGAGAGGUGUAGAAAAAGGUGUGGUACUAGAAGCAGACACUCAUCUGCCAGUAGCAGGUCUAGUUUUGUUCAAGGUGAUGAAGCAAUGGAUGUUGAAGGAGUCAAAACUUAUUCAACCAGGAGCCAUAAGGGUUCGAUUUUCCUAGAUAUUCUGUAUGAAGGGCCAGAAGAUAUUGAUCGUACACCCGUGAGUGUUACAAAUAAGGCAGACAUGCUUAUACAAACAGAUGGUGAAAAAAGAAAACUUGAGGGAAGUUGUAGAGCUGUUUCUGGAUUUUUACUGGAGGACCAAGGCAUUUCAGGUCCCUCUUUACCAACAAAUGAAAUGUUUGGGUUCACAAGUAAUGUAACUGGACAGCUGUGCAGGAAAGCACGAUCUGAGUCUGGAUAUGUGGUUGAACCUGUUACAAGAAGUAAGAGAUUCACAAGAUCAGCAAUUGGAAUUUCUAAUAAGACCAUGACUACUGAUGUGGGGUCAGUGACUGACAAUGCAUCUACCAGGAUGUCUCUCAGAUCGGAUACUGGGCAGGAUAGGAUGCAAAAUUCUCCUGGAAUAUUAGGAUCAGUUCAUGGAGAUGGUUCAUGUAGUGGGAGAUCUUCUGGCUCAAGUGUUAAGGGGAAAGAGCAGGCAGACUAUACAAGCAGAGGAGACAGUUUGAGCACUCAACAAAUAAUUGAGGAAUAUGCAACAAACAGGCGGUUAACACGACAUCAACGUUCAAUGUUGGAACGCAGUAUUGAGCUUGCCAAGCCAUCAUUGUCUCAGCUCACCAGGCAUAGGAAACUUCCAUCCUUGCCAGAGACUUCAGGUGAUGAUGAGGAUAAAUCUGAAGAGGAAGAUGAGUCAUCUUCACGAAUUUCAAGUGUUGGUACAUGUGUAUCUCACCCAAGAUCUUGUCCUACAUUACAUGGGAAUACAUCUCCAGCAUUACAGGCAUCUACCAUUCAGCUUCCUUCUUCGGAGAUUCCAUUACACAAGGCUGGUUUGCAAAGAAGAUACAGUCGGAAGAUACUUUCAAAACAUGAUAUAGAUAGCCCCAGUUCUGUCUUGUCUGAUGCAUCAACACCUUAUGCAAGUUCAGCAACAAGUGCUCCGAGUCAGCUAGAUGCUUCUCCAUUAUCAACUCGAUCAGAAGAUGUCACUCUUGAGAGAAUGAGACGUAAAUCAUUUAUGCGAGCUCAGAUUGCUCUGAAGUCUGCAUCUGAACAUGGUUCUGUCUCUGGUGUACCUUCAGGGAGGAAGUCUGUGGCAAACAGUCCAGGUGAUAGUGGUAGCAGUGUGAGCAGCAAUGCUGGCAGUAGUCAUACAUCUCUACCUUCAACAGGAAGUCACAUCACAAGAGCUGUGGCUACGCGUUUGGGGCGGGUUUAUACCUCUGAAGAAGUACGGCGCUCACCUCGUCUUGCCAGACUUCAGGAUGAAGACCUUCAUACUGCAUCACCGAGCACUUCUUUCCACUUUUCCCCACCUACUCUUGUGCGUGGUUCUGUGAAGAAGGAAGAAUCAUCAUCUGGUACUCCACCUACACCUGUGCCAGCAUUUGUUUUCUCACCACCUCAAAAACAGCAGCUUCUUCCAAAACCACAUCGUCAAAGUGCUCCAAGCCAGCAGACUCGAGCCCACACAAUGGCACUCAGAGGGCUGCACACCAUCACAGAGGAGUCUACCCCUCCAUCUACUCCUACCAACACUAUUCCACCACAGACGUCUGAAAGAGAUACCACCCCCAUCGCUGUGAGGAAAUCCAAAAAGUUCAAACCCACUCCAUCUUCUAAAACACCUAAGAGAAGCAGUCGCAGUCACUUGAUGACACCACUGACUAAGCAGGAGCAGCAAGAGUUGGCAGAACGUGUACGUUCAUCACGUCAGUCAGUUUCCACAGAGCCAGAACGCCACUACACUGUUUUCAAGCACAGAAAAUUAUUUAAAAUCAGACGCAGUAGUAGGUCUGAUUUGUAAUCAUGUUAUUGUGACAACACUAUCUGACUUUAUUUGAUAACAUUCUUGUUUUCAUUUUAAUAUCCCAUUGCACAUGUAUUCCUUCAUUGACAUGCUGUCAGGUGACAAGUGUACCCUUUGUUAAGUGCAUGUGAUUAUAUAUAUUUCAUCAGCUCCUAAUAAAUAAAUACUUUUUAUUUUUUAAUGUCCCUUUAAGAAACCUAAAUCCAUUUACUUUCAAGAAAUUUAAAUUUUAGCAGUAAUUUGUCUGACUUGUACUUGGGAAGUACCCAAUCCAAAUAUUAACCUAUCUUAACAAACUUUUGUACAUCCAGUCAAAUUCCAGCCUUCAAGUAGACCAUGGGUGCUUCCUUCUCUACCACUAUUAAUAUUACUUUCAUAAUCCUCACAUCUCAUUUGACAUGAAGUAAUAUACAUAGUUUAUAUCAUCUAACUCCAUGGAGAAAAUUCCUUCCUGAGAAGCUAACAAUUGCUCAGGUAAGAAAUAAAUUCCCCACCAUUUAUGAAAACAAUGUUAUUACGUAUCAAGUUUACACAAGCGUGCACAGUUGAUAUAUAAUACUGAGUGAUGCACAUAUUAAAAUGAUACAUUUAAUUUACAGGCAUUUCAUGUCAUUCUAAAGUUUAUUGAUAUGGUGUAUUUGUAUUGUAUUGUGUAUAUCCAUUAUCAUAUUAAAUUACACCAGUAUAAAAAUUCUAAAAUAUACUAAGUUUUAGAGACUGGCCAUGUUGGUCUUCAGGUUAGAAGGUACCUGCUCUGUGGGGCACAAUCAUAAUCUAUGUUCAAGAAAGCAAAAGCACUGAAAGUUUUAAUCUGUAGAUCAGGUAUGUAACUGAAGUAUAAUAAACAGGAUUAUGCAAAUGGUUCACACUUACCUACAACUGUGAUGAAUUGUUAAAAGAGGAUGGGGUAAGUGGGCUGGAACAUAGUAAAUGUUCUUAGAAAAUGUACUAAUAUUUGACUUUGAAGGAAAGAGAAAUCAAUAAAGACUGGAUGGAGAGAAAUUCUA